AUCAAGAAGUCAACAAGCGAAGCUUGGAUUAAAAUCCACCUCGAGUGCGGGCAGAGAACGAGAGCUCCAUUCCUCUCGAUCUAUCAGCUGGUGCGGCGAAGCAAUGGAGAGAGAGGACGCCCUGGAGAGCGGAGAAGGAAGGGCCUUGCUCCCUUUGAAUGUGGAGAAUGAAUCGAGCCACCAUGGACCUCGAUCGCAUUACAAGCCUAGUAACUCAAAAGCACCGGCAAUUAUUUUGGGAUUUGAAUACUUAGAUAGUGUUGCCUUUAAUGGUGUUGGAGCAAAUUUGAUUGUUUAUCUUCAUACUGUCCUCCAUGGAAACAAUGCUGCAAAUGCAGCAAAUGUGGGUACCUGGAGUGGAACUUGUUUCCUGACUCCAUUGUUUGGAGCUAUUGUGGCUGAUACCUACUGGGGAAAUUACAAGACAAUACUCUACUCCCUUGUAGUAUAUCUCCUUGGAAUGAUCACCAUCACUUCCGCUGCUUUUUCUGCAUCUUCAAAGCUUUAUCAAUGUGAGGGCGGCUCAUGUCAGACAGCAAGUUCCCUUCUUUUUUGUGGGUUGUAUCUUGUGGCAAUUGGGAGUGGAGGCGUCAAGGCAGCAUUGCUUCCUUUUGGUGCAGAGCAGUUUGAUGAUGAGAACCCAUUAGAGAGAGAAAAAAAGGGGGCCUUCUUUGGUUGGUUUUAUCUUUGUAUCACCUUGGGAGCGCUCACUUCUGGAAUUUUCAUAGUCUGGAUACAAGAGAAUAUAGACUGGGGGCUUGGAUAUGGUAUUGCAACAUUCUGCAUGGCUUCAGCCUUAGCUGCCUUUGUAUUAGGAACACCAUCUUUUCGGCGUCGGUUGCCAAGUGGCAGCCCUUUGCAAAGUAUCCUUCAAGUACUUGUUGCCUCCUACAAGAAGAGGAAUGCUGAAACUCCCAGGGAUAGCAGUCUCUUGUACGAGGCAGACAAGAACUUAUCCGAUUUGGGGCAGCAGAGAUUGGCACAUACAAAUGAGUUCAGGUUCUUAGAUAAAGCAGCUACAAUUUCUGCUCUGGAUUUGAAGGAUGGUUCUCCUCAGAGUUCAUGGAACCUGUGUACUGUCACUCAAGUUGAAGAAUUGAAGAUGUUCCUACGCUUGAUACCAAUAUGGGCUAACAGUAUUGUCUAUGCAGCUGUAUUUGCUCAAAUGUUCACUACUUUCAUUCAACAAGGGAGUGCAAUGAACACCAAAAUUGGGUCAUUCUCUAUCCCUCCUGCAUCCUUGUGCUCCUUUGAAAUCAUAAGUGUCAUGGGUUGGGUAUUUGUCUACAACAACAUCAUAUCCCCAGCAGCCAAGAGGUACUUUGGAAAUGGAGUGGGAUUUUCCCAGCUGCAGCGGAUGGGAAUUGGACGUUUCCUACUGAUCUUGGCAAUGCUAACAGCUUCUUACAAUGAGAGCAGGAGAUUGGAAAGUGUCAAAGGUGGUGAAACCUUGAGCAUUGCAUGGCAACUCCCACAGUUUUUUGUCCUGGCAAGCUCGGAAGUCUUCAAUAAUAUUACCCAGCUCGAGUUCUUCUUUGCCCAGGCUCCUGACAGGAUGAAGAGCAUAUGCACAGCAAUGGUUCUGUUUUCAAUGUCGCUAGGCAAUUACUUGAAUUCAUUCAUCAUCACAGUCAUUGCUGAUGUUACAUCAAGAGGAGGGGUGACGGGUUGGAUCCCAGAUGAUCUGAACAAAGGGCAUCUGGAUUACUAUUUCUUGGUGCUGGCAGGCAUAUCCACAGUGAACUUCUUUGUGUAUGUUGCUUUUGCAGGGAACUAUACGCUGAAGAAAGUCAUUUCUGAGAGUUAAAGAUAGAGUGAGGAAACUUAUUGCCGGGAAACUUGGGUCGCUUAUCUUAGAAAGUUUUAAAGCUUCCUAUUGUUACAUGUUUGGACAUAAAUGCUGCAAUGUUCUGUAAUAUUUGUGAUACAUUAUUGCAAUGUCUUGAUCAGCUAAGGAGUUCUGCAAACACUAAUGAAUUUAGUUAAUAUCUCCUAAA